AUGGCGUGCAAGAUUAAUGAAACACCGCCAUCCUCUUCCUUUCCCCAGCCACGCUGGAGUGGGACUGGCGGAGAGGCCUUAGUUAUUAAUGACCCUGACUUCCAGCACGAGGAUUUGAACUUCUUGUCCCGUAGCCAGCGCUAUGAGCAAGCCAUCAGGAAGAGCUCUCUGAUGGUGAUGAAGUUAAGAGAAUAUGGAAUUGCAGAUCCAGAUGAGAUCUACUGGUUUAAAAGCUUUGUUCAUCGUGGACGGCCUGAACCUCUGGACCUUCAUCUGGGCAUGUUCCUCCCCACCCUUCUCACCCAGGCAACCCCAGAGCAGCAGGAUCGCUUCUUCAUGCCUGCCUGGAACCUGGAGAUCAUUGGCACUUAUGCCCAGACUGAAAUGGGCCAUGGAACUCAUCUUCGGGGUCUAGAAACUACAGCUACUUACGACCCUGCUACCCAGGAAUUCAUCCUCAACAGCCCCACUGUGACCUCCAUUAAGUGGUGGCCAGGUGGACUUGGAAAGACGUCGAACCAUGCCAUUGUCCUGGCUCAGCUCUACACUCAGGGCCAGUGCAAAGGCCUGCAUGCCUUCAUUGUUCCCAUACGGCAGCUGGGCACCCAUGAACCUUUGCCAGGUAUUACAGUGGGUGACAUUGGGCCCAAAUUUGGUUACGAUGAAAUGGAUAAUGGCUACCUGAAAAUGGACAACUUCAGAAUCCCUCGGGAAAACAUGCUGAUGAAAUAUGCCCAGGUUGAACCAGAUGGCACCUAUGUGAAACCACUCAGUGACAAGCUGACCUACGGGACCAUGGUGUUCAUCCGAUCGCUCAUUGUAGGCGAUUCGGCUCGCUCCCUGUCCCGGGCUUGUACCAUUGCCAUCCGCUAUAGUGCGGUGAGGCACCAGUCUGAGCUGAAGCCAGGGGAGCCGGAACCCCAGAUCUUGGAUUAUCAGACCCAGCAAUACAAACUCUUUCCUCUCCUGGCAACAGCGUAUGCUUUUCACUUUGUGGGAGCCUACAUUAAAGACACCUAUCACCGUAUUAGUGGAGACAUCAAUGAAGGAGACCUGAGUGAGCUGCCAGAGCUCCAUGCACUGACAGCAGGGCUGAAGGCCUUCACUUCCUGGACUGCCAAUGCUGGAAUUGAGGAAUGUCGGAUGGCAUGUGGUGGGCACGGCUGCAGUGGCCUUCCUGACAUCUACGUCACCUUCACCCCCUCCUGCACCUAUGAAGGAGAAAACACCGUCAUGAUGCUGCAGACAGCUAGGUUCCUUGUCAAAAGCUACGCCCAAGUGAGUUCCGGGCAGCGGGUUACUGGCAUGGUGUCCUACCUUAACGAUCUCUCCAGGCACCGCAUUCAGCCGCAGCACGUGGCUGCCAAGACUGCGACUGUGCGGAUCAAUGACCCAGCCAGCUUGGUAGAGGCCUACAAAGCGCGUGCUGCCCGGCUUGUGGAAGCUGCAGCUAAGAAUUUGCAAGCUGAACUGAACCACAGACAGAGCAAGGAGGAUGCCUGGAACAGAACUUCUGUUGAUCUUGUGCGAGCCUCUGAGGCGCAUUGUCACUAUGUGAUAGUGAAGCUUUUCACAGCCAAGCUGGCUGAGAUCAGUAAUGCAGCUGUCCGUGCCGUCCUGACCGAGCUGUGUCUCCUGUAUGCGCUGUACGGGAUCAGUAAGAGCACAGGGGAUUUCUUGCAGGCGGGUAUUCUGAGCGAUGCCCAAAUUACUCAAGUGAACCAGCGUGUGAAAGAGCUCUUGGCUGUAAUUCGCCCCAACGCGGUGGCGCUGGUAGACUCCUUUGACUUUCAUGACGUUCACCUUGGAUCUGUGCUUGGCCGGUAUGAUGGCAAUAUCUAUGAGAACAUGUUUGAGUGGGCAAAGAAGUCCCCGCUGAACAAAACGGAGGUUCAUGAGUCUUUCCACAAACACCUGAAGCCGAUGCAAGCCAAGCUGUGA